AAUUUACAAAUCACUUCCAGCCUCUUAUUCAGGCAACAAACCAGCAUCUCAAAAGUUUCAGUUUGAGUCAUUUUAAAUAAGAAAAUACAUAUUUACACUUGAAAUUUAAAAAGCUUCUCUGAAUACUGGAUGAAUUUCCCAUUUGGGAGUGUGGGGGUGUGACGCUGCACGUGAACUAGCGGAGGUUGAAUCCAGCUGCUGUCAACACGCGAGCGUUGGAUCAUGUUAGCAGCUGCUGCGAGUCAGGAAACAUUAUUCUUAUCGAGCUCUGGGGGGGAAACUAUUUGGGACGGAGCUGGAGUUUUUUUUUAACCUGUUCCUCCAAAUUGUAUAAAAAUAACAUCUAGAGAAAAAAUAACGUUUGGGCUGAUGCAGACGAGUGAUUCCACUUUUUGUUUUGCACAGAUGGACGUGAACUGGAUCAUGUUUCUGCUGCUGUUGUUCUGCUUCGAUCAGCUGCUGGUGGUGUCGAGCUCUGAGCCUGAGCACGUGAACCAUCGAAGUGCUCACCAUAUCAUCGUGGCCCAGUACAGAUGUUUCCAGAGGAUCAUUAGAGAGUCGCACCGCUUGCCUAAAGCCACAGGGCCCGUGUGCAACAUAACGUGGGACGGGUGGUUGUGUUGGGACGAGACCGAAGCCGGACUCACGACGGAGCAGAGCUGUCCGGACUUCUUCAACGACUUUGACUCUAGUUCGGUGGCGUCCAAAGUGUGCAUGGAGACGGGCGAGUGGGGGCGUCACCCGGAGAGCAACCGCACGUGGACGAACUUCACAAACUGCCAUGGCAACACGACGCACCACACGGCGGCGGCGAUGUCCCACUUCUACUUGGUCAUGAUCGGUCAAGGACUGUCUCUGGUGUCUUUGCUCAUAUCGUUGGGAAUAUUCUUCUAUUUUAAGAGUCUGAGCUGCCAGAGGAUCACGCUCCAUAAAAACCUCUUCCUCUCGUUCGUGCUGAACUCCGUCACCACCGUGGUCCUGCUGAACACAGUGACGGAGAAACAGGGACACAACAGCAACGACUCAACGAGCUGCAAGCUGGUCAUCUUCGUCCACAUGUACCUGCUGAGCUGUAACUACUUCUGGAUGCUGUGUGAGGGCAUCUACCUGCACACUCUCAUCGUCGUGGCCGUGUUUGCAGAGAAACAACACCUCAUAUGGUAUUACAUGCUGGGCUGGGGAUUUCCACUGGUGCCGGCAGUGAUUUACUCCGUAGCGCGUCACUUCUACUACAACGACAAAUGUUGGGUCAGUCCGACGUCCCUGCUGUAUAUUAUCCACGGCCCCAUGUGUGCUGCACUGGUGGUGAACCUUUUCUUCCUCCUGAACAUCGUGCGGGUUCUCAUCACCAAGCUGAGGGUGACGCACCAGGCCGAGUCCAGCCUGUACAUGAGGGCGGUGAGGGCCACGCUCAUCCUCAUCCCUCUGCUCGGCAUCCAGUUCGUCCUGUUCCCCUACAAGCCCCAGGAGCACUGGACCACCGAGAUCUACAUGUACAUCAUGGAGAUCCUCAUGCACUACCAGGGUCUCCUGGUUUCUACAAUAUUCUGCUUCUUCAACGGGGAGGUCCAGAGCGUCCUGCGGAGACACUGGAACCAGCAGCGGAUGCAGUUCGCCGGCACGUUCGCCAACGCCGACUUCUUCCGCUCGGCCUCCUACGUGGCGUCGUCCCUGACGGAGGUGCACCGCUGCUACAGCAUCGAGAGCCACACCGAGCACAUGAACAGCAAGAGCUACUCGGACAUCUUCAGAUCGGACAGCCCCUUCGUGUGAAGCCGCGGCACAAACCACCGAGUUUUCUCUUUGGGGAGUUGUGCUACUGUUCACGACAAAUGAUUACUUCGGACAUUAUUCCAUCUCUCAGCAGAAAAAACAAAUCCACUUUUUUUUUUUUUCCUCAUGAAUAUCACACAGACAGAAGACGUGUGGGACCGAAGAUCCGGUGAAUAUUUAAAGUUAUCAACGAAUCAAACAGCCUGAAAAUACGACUUUAAUACAAGGAUCUAACGCUUUUCUGCACCGUGUGGAGUAAACUUGAAGAAGAUGGUCCGGACGUUUUUUGCAGCAGAACUUUUUUCUGCAGAAGACGAUUCUUUUGGUUCAUGCAGACACUGAAGAGUCGGAGUCGUCGAGCUCCGACAGCGAAGAUGAAGCUUGUCCGACAGUUACACAUCAGAGGCCAUUUCUGUUUCGGCCACUUUUGAAUUAAGUUUCUAUUUAUGUGCAACUUCCUCUUUAACCAAUAAUGGGAGCAGGCAGAAGAAGUUAAAUAUGAAUCACUGCUUUAUAUUUAGACGUGCAUCGGUGUGGUUUGAUUGAAUCGUAUGAAGAGUUAAAUCAGCAGGAACUGACUUAUUAAUCGACGUGGAUCGGCCGUCCCCUCUGGACCCUGACCAGUGAAGAGCUGCUGGUUUCAGUCUUCAGCUGCAGGAGUCCCAGAGCCGCCUCUUCUGCAGAACCGGUAACUUAUUGUUACGUCAAUCAAAAUCACUUAAAGGAACCGUUUCUUCUCAUAAUCACAGGUGUAUUAAAUAUUAAAGGAUUUCUCCCCCCCCAAGCUUUCCACCUUAUUCUUCUGCCUCCAUCGGCUCAUGAAACUACAAUAUUUUAUCACAGAUUUGUUACGAAUGAUCAGUGUGUAUAUAAAACACAAAGGUGUGUUUCACUUUGUAUUAUAGUUUGUGAUGAUGCUGGUUUAUACUGAAGUAAAAAUAAUGCUGUAAAUAAAAGUAGUGUUUUUAAAUGAGA